CUUGGAAGUGGAAGAAAUUUCUUCGCAAUUCCAUUUUCCAAAAGCUAUACCUGUUCUCUAUUUUGUUAGAAAUGUAAUCUUUUUUAAAAGAUUUUAUUUAUUUUUAGAGAGAUGGGAAGAGGGGGAAGAGAGGGAAAGAAACAUCAAUGCGUGGUUGCCUCUCGGUGCCCCACACUGGGGACCUGGCCUGCACCCCAGGCAUGUGCCCUAGACCGGGAAUAGAACUGGCAACCCUUUGGUUCACAGGCCCGCAUUCAGUUCUCUGAGCCAUGCUAGCUAGGGCUAUUUUGUUACAGUGUAAUCUUAAACACAUGCAUGCAUAUACAUACAAUGUAGAGAAUAUGAAAGACUACCACCAAGUAGGGGAAAAAGCUAUUUUCAGCACUAGUAAGUGCAUCGGCCCAAGCAAUCACUCUAGAAUCUAUGGGUAGAAGCCACGUUUGCCAGCUCCAGGCUGAAAUUGUGUAUGUAAAACAUUUCAUAAAGCCUAGCAUAUGGUAAGUACUCAAUAAAUUGUUGCCUUCCUCUUCUCCAUAGUUCCUUAAGAGUGACAAUUCUAAGCUUGCUUUCUCAGUACCAUGAUUAAUAUAGUCUAUGUAACUUGUCAUAGCAGCCUCAGUUCACCUGAAGCAGUUAAGUGUUUUAUCUCUAGUUUCCUCUUACCAAUGUUGGUUCUAGUUAAUUAAACAUCUGAGUGCCAAUUAAUUGCUAGUCAUUAUCCUAGGUAUAACAUACAAAGAUAAAUGAGAUGGCUGCUCAUCAUUUACUGAGCACAUAUUAUACACCCAGUACUAGGCCAUACCUUAGGGAUACAAAGAUGACUACACAUUGUGCAUACAGACUAGUGGGAGGAGACAAGUACAAAGAAGUAUGGGGGGGGGGCAUAUAAUGGAAAGUAUCAUGUACAGAGAGACCAUUUAGAAAGUGUCACUUGAUCUGUAGUUUGAAAAAUGAGGAUUUGCCAGAUGGAAGGGGACAGGGAUCCCAGAGAGAAGCAGAGUGGUUUUAGGGGGAAUUGCAAAUAGGAUAUAACUAGAAAAAAAGGCAUAUGAAUCCUGUUAGAUUUGAGGCGAAGUAAAGGGUAGGUGUCAAAAAUGUUCCCUGCGUAUCUAAUUAGGAGACAGGUGUAAUUAAUUUGACGCGAUCCCUGCUGUAACAAGUGCACAGAGCAUUGUGGAAGGGUGCUUAUAGUUCAGCCCGAGGCCGUUGGGGGGCAGGGAACAUGAGAAUCCAGAAAUCAUGUGGUCUGGGGAUCAUUGUCCUAAAGAUGGGAAGAAAAGAGGAGCUGACGGUUUAGAGGUGGUCUUUUUUUUGUCAUUUAUUAAUAUUACACUGAUGAUUCAUCCCCAAAUGUUAUGCCUAAAUUUCCCGGGGACGUUGGGGAAGUCUGCCUUCCUUUCAACCCCGCGGACCCAGGGGAGGCGCCGUGGGCCACCAGAGGGCGCCAACCAAGACGCAACGAAUUACAGCCACAUCAUGGCCGCGGCGCGAGUGCGGCUGCUUCUUUCCGGGCGCCGGGAGUCGGUGAGCUUCGCGCAGAGUGUGUGUGGCCUGUUAGGCGCCGGGGCAGGGCUUGGGCCAUGGCUCACAUACUGUAACUUGCAGCGAGGACAGCUCCUCCUUUCAGACAGGCCAUUCCUGGGCGCCUCGGCCAGGCUUCCGCUCCAGCGACCCCCUUUCUGCCCUUUUGCGGCCCUGAACCAGCAACCCAUGCCUCCGGAAACCAAGCUGCCCAAGAAUCGAGGUGUGGAUCUGGGUGUGGCAAUCAUCCUGCAGUCCAGCGACAAGACUGUCUUGUUGACCCGAAGGACACGCACCCUCAGAGUAUCCCCCAACCUCUGGGUACCCCCAGGUGGGCACGUGGAACUUGAUGAAGAGCUGCUGGACGGAGGGCUUCGAGAGCUUUGUGAGGAGACCAGACUACAGCUGCCCCAGGGCCAGUUCUCUUGGGUCCCUCUGGGGUUAUGGGAGUCUGCCUACCCUCCUAGGCUGAGCUGGGGUCUCCCCAAAUACCAUCACAUCAUUGUCUAUAUACUCGUGGUCUCCCAGGAGUCACAGCAGCAGCUGCAGGCACGGAUCCAACCAAAUCCAAGUGAGGUGAGCGCCUAUAUAUGGCUGGACACAGAUGUAGCAGCUGCAGUGGCUGCCACAGAGGAUGGGACAGAGACACCCAGACAUCUCUCCCAGGACCUACCACCCUCUGUCCUUUGGAAGGAUUAUGACAAUGGAUAUGAAAGUGGGCUAAGCCACAAGGCACAGCCUAGACAGGAGCUAUCAUUAUGUAGUGCGGUGGAACUAGAGGAGGAUGGAAGAGCUCGACCUCUGGCCUUGCCCAUGUCCACACUGCUGCAGACAACCCCAACCACCGCAGAAGUCAAAGAAAGGGUCAGCACUGGGACGAAGUUUGCCCUCAGGCUCUGGCUGCAACAUUUGUGCAGAUAAGGGUGAAGAAGGGCAGGAGGGCUCCACACGGUUGGGCUAAAUGUAUUAGUGCUUUUGUGGGCACUUGGGGAGGGGGUAAGAAGAAACUAA